AACUAAACUGAAUCCUGUUUGUGUAAGGAAACUUAGUUAUGGCCUCAAAUUUGGAAAAUACUUUACAGCAAGGGAACAGAUAAACCUUGAAGCAAAUUUUGUAAGGAUGUCACUGGAUAUGUUGAGAUAUUUUUGUUAUGAAUGGGAACUCUAG